GUCUCUCACACGCACACUCUCUCUCUCACACACACGUACAGUCUCUCACACGCACACACACACACACACUGUCUCACAGCACAGUCUCCCUCACACACACACUCUCUCUCUCACACACACACACACACACUCUCUCUCUCACACGCACACACUCUCCUCCCGAGCAGUGAAGCAGCCUGCUCGUCUCUUCACUUCAGCGGAUCCCGCAGCGCAGAGCAGAGAGCCGGCGAGCGGAGCUCCUCUUCAGCUGCUAGACCAACUCGCCGAGCCGACCGGAGCAUCUGCAAAACAACCGGGGAAGAGACAGCGAGAGAGAGAGAGGGAUUCUAGUGUCCAUUCUAAAACAUCAAAUACAAACUAAAUAAGCGUGUUUUAAUAAUAAUAAUAAUAAUAAUAAUAAUAAUAUUUAUUUGGAGACAAAACUAGGCAGAAGAAGAAGAUACGAGAUUUGUGGCAACACUGCGCUGACAGAACCGACCCGGACCGGACGGGACCGCACUAUCCGAACCAGCUUCAGUGCGAAGUGGCGGUGCCAGCAGUGAAUCGUGGGAAUGUCCGAGUCGAAUCUGGAGGAGCUGGGCGGGUCGGACACGGCCCUGAUGAUCGUGCGGCCCCCCGAUUACUGCGUAGAGGGGCCCAGCCUGCCCCUGGAGCACAGGGGGCCCCUGUCCUGCCUGGGCUGGUCCGCGCUGGUGGGGCUCCUCAACGCCGCUCUGCUCCUGCUGCACGUCGUGCUCGUGGGGGUCGUGUUCGGAGUCGUGCUGCUGCCCACCAUCGUGGUCGUGUACUUCGGCUUCCAGUGCCACUCCAGGGUCCUGCACUCUAGCGCCCCCUAUUGCAGGCGCUUGCUGGAUGACGGCUCCUCCUCGGCUCUCAUCAUCCUGGGCUUCGUCAUCUUGUCUCCGCUCCUCGUGGUUGCCAUGGUGAUUUACUGUGGGCUGGCGCGCAGGCUCCGCCUCUUCCUGCUCUUCCAGCCCUGCGCACGCGCUCGGUACCGCGGGGGCACGUGGAGCGGGUUCCAAGUCCCGUGCUGCUGCUGGGGAGGGGGCAGCUCUGUCAAAGCCUGGGUGUGAGAGAGGCGUUCAGUCAGUGUCACUGGAGCUCAGCACAGCCCCAUUCGAUCACUGUCCCUCCAGCACAGGCUGUGUUCACAUCACCGCAGUGCUGGAAUCACACAGUGUAACACACAGCUAUACAGAAUGUUACACAGAUAGAUAGAUAAGGUUCUAGAUUUUAAUAAGGCAUGAAAAAGCAUCAUCCACACCCAGAUAAAAGUUUACCCCACAGUAAAUCUGCAGCUUCCCCCCAUGCUUACCACACCUCUCUGUGCUUUACAAUGCUUCCCUAUGCUUUACCAGACCUCUCUGUGCUUUACAAUGCUUCCCUAUGCUUUACCAGACCUCUCUGUGCUUUACAAUGCUUCCCUAUGCUUUACCAGACCUCUCUGUGCUUUACAAUGCUUCCCUAUGCUUUACCAGACCUCUCUGUGCUUUACAAUGCUUCCCUAUGCUUUACCAGACCUCUCUGUGCUUUACAAUGCUUCCCUAUGCUUUACCAUGCCUCUCUGUGCUUUACAAUGCUUCCUUAUGCUUUACCACACCUCUCUGUGCUUUACAAUGCUUCCCUGUGCUUUACCAGACCUCUCUGUGCUUUACAAUGCUUCCCUAUGCUUUACCAGACCUCUCUGUGCUUUACAAUGCUUCCCUAUGCUUUACCAGACCUCUCUGUGCUUUACAAUGCUUCCCUAUGCUUUACCAGACCUCUCUGUGCUUUACAAUGCUUCCAUAUGCUUUACCAGACCUCUCUGUGCUUUACAAUGCUUCCCUAUGCUUUACCAGACCUCUCUGUGCUUUACAAUGCUUCCCUAUGCUUUACCAGACCUCUCUGUGCUUUACAAUGCUUCCCUGUGCUUUACCAGACCUCUCUGUGCUUUACAAUGCUUCCCUAUGCUUUACCAGACCUCUCUGUGCUUUACAAUGCUUCCCUAUGCUUUACCAGACCUCUCUGUGCUUUACAAUGCUUCCCUAUGCUUUACCAGACCUCUCUGUGCUUUACAAUGCUUCCCUAUGCUUUACCAGACCUCUCUGUGCUUUACAAUGCUUCCCUAUGCUUUACCAGACCUCUCUGUGCUUUACAAUGCUUCCCUAUGCUUUACCAGACCUCUCUGUGCUUUACAAUGCUUCCCUAUGCUUUACCAGACCUCUCUGUGCUUUACAAUGCUUCCCUAUGCUUUACCAGACCUCUCUGUUCUUUAUUCCUCUGUGCUGUGCUUUUAUUGUUAGAUAUUUUUCUAAGGGCGUUGGGAGGUCAGAUAGGAUAUAGAAUGCUGUUUCACUUUCAGUGUCAUUGUGUGUAAACCCGUGUCUGUUACUGUGUGUGUGUGUCAAAUACUCACAAAAAAUGUAUUUGCCAAAAUAAUUAAAAACAAUUCCUAAGUAGUUUGUACGUCCUGUAAAAUAAAUAAACUUGAAUUGUU